GAACUGUUUUACAGUUUAGCAUUGAACUCGAACAGUGAGUUCGCAAAAAUUAUUCCAAUAACUUAAAUUUGCUGAAGACAACGCGAGUUCGCGACCGUGCUACAUAAGCCGAUAAAUAUAUAAAAUACAAAUUAUUCAACGCAAAAUCAAACGGAACGAAAAUUCAGUAGCAGUUAGACGAUGCAACAUUUCGGUUAUUGAUAAAUUUAAGUAGAAUAAAAUUUCGGGUAAAAAUUGUUGGUAUACACCUCCAAUAUAAACGUAUAAAAAGCAGCGCAUCAGUGGUCGCAUAGCGCGUUCAGCUAUAAAUUUAUUCCAAAAAUAAAUUCGGGUUUGUCGCUUAAGUCUUUUGUUUCGUACCGCAUGUAAACGUCCUUUCGACGCUGCAAAGCAAAUACUUUGAGGAAAGAAAGCGAAAGCUUUAACUCUUCAUCCUUUAAAGCAGCAUAGCAAUACAUUUUCUGGAAUAAAAAUGUUCAUGGAGCAGCGAAAUUCGUUCCUUUUGACAUUCCUCAUCAGCAGCUGUCUGCUGUUGGCAACGGCAGCAAGCUCAAAUUUUCCCGCCGACAUACCGCGCUGCCGUUUCGGCGACACAGACUGCAUAACGCGCACUUCAACGAAUUUGGUGCGCCAGUAUGCGCGUACCGGCUAUCAGGCUGCGGGAUUUCCAACCAUUGAACCCUUCGUUGUCAAACGCUUUGAUAUUUCGGAUGGCCGCGCUGGCUCGUUGAAUUUGAAAUUAAAUUUCCGUGAUGUGAAUGUAGAAGGAUUGUCCGGCGUAAAGAUUGAUCGUUCUGUCGGCUUCGAGCGUGAUCCAGCCACUAGUAAAUUUGAAAUGUACGGCUCAUUUCCGAAAAUUGUUCUAAGCGGAAAAUAUGUGGCCGACGGACGUAUUCUCUUCUUGCCUAUUAAAGGUGAUGGUGAUGCCGACAUUGUGCUGCACAAUCCCAAGUUCUCAGUGAAAUUCAAGCCCUCCGUUCAUCCCAAAGAUGGCAAAACCUAUUUGAGUGUGAACAAGCUGAAAGUGUUGGUGGAACCGCAAAGAAUGGCCAUCAAAUUGACCAAUCUCUUCAAUGGUGACCCAGCACUCGGCAACAAUUUGAAUGAGUUUUUGAAUCAAAAUUGGCAGGAAGUUUGGAACGAGCUACAACCUUCCAUUCACUUGGCCAUUGCUGAUAUUGUGAAAAAUAUACUACAUACGCUCUUCAAGCGUUUCGCUUACGAAGAUUUGUAUGCGGAUGAAUGAGAGAUUUUAUUGUCCUGCAAAUGAUUGCAAAGGCAUUCAAAUACACUAUCUGAAUGAAUUCUCAUAAGAAAUGUAAUCAGUUUUAUAAUUAAUUGAGUAUUUUAUUUUAUUUAUGUACAUUCUAAGUGCGAUUUAUUUCGGAAUAUUUAUAUAUACAUAUAUGUAUACAUAUGUGAUGUAGCAGUACAAGUAAGAUUGCUUUCAUUGGAACGCCCUAUUACUAUUUUUUUAAUUACUAAGAUUUUUCUAAAUUUAAACAAAACCCUAACUAUACGCUAUAUAAGCUAUAUAAGUACACACAUAUGUACGGUGUAACAACAAUUCUGUAUAGCUAAAAUAUAGAUACAUGCAUAUGUA